CUCAAUUACGAUUAAUCAUAUAUCAUUCAGUACACAUUGAAUUCAUUCGUUCAAUUGAAAAAGUAAAAGAAAAAAAAAAUGUUUGCAAAAGCGGCUGUAGUUCUUUGCCUUCAAGUGGCAUUUUUCAACGUCGCCUACAACCAAGUGAUCAACAGGAUCCCGCUAGCAGAACUGCAAAAUCUCAUAGCAAACAAUGUCAUCCCGAUCGGCGCCAGCGUAGCAGCAACGCCAUGCGGAAACAUCGUCCCAGUUGGACCCCAAAUAGUCCCAGUUGGUCCCCAAAUAGUCCCAGCUGGUCCCCAAAUAGUCCCGUUUGGUCCGCAAAUCGUCCCAAUUGGACCCAAUGUUGUUGAACCAGUUCUAUCAGCGCCCGUUACCGUCCCAGCUACCACUACCAUCAUCCAAGACAGUUCUGUGGCAAAUAAUUUAGCCAAUGCCCUACAACUUUUGGUAGUAAGCAACCUUCUGAGUACCACCCUGCCAACGUCUGCACCACCAGUGGAAGUGGUGUCACCGUUGGCACUGAACGGGCAGCUGGGACAGCUGGGUUACAGUAUCCUGUAUUAAUUAGUGAUUUAAAUUAUUGCCAUUUAAAUAAAAGCUAUUUUAUUGAAUAGUGA